GCCAAAGACAAUUUUUUUUUUUUGACAGGAGAGAAUUGUUCUCUCCAAUGGCGGAAUUUCCACAAAAAGGAAUACGACAGGGAAAAAGGGCAUACCCCAAAUCAACUAGGGCAGGAUUCAAUCGUCUGACGGACGCUCGCAACGGCGACCAAACGCUUGCUUCCCCCAACCCAUUAUUUCCCAUUUCGACCCUUCACCCGCCGGAGUUGCUGAACCCAAUCGUCUCCUUCCGAUUCGGAAUGUAUCUGAAAUGAGCCGAGCUCAGUCGAAGCUCCUCUGGAUCCUGAUUCCCCUCUUCGCUCUCAACUCCAUCACAGUCUUCCUCUACUUCUCCUUCCGCCACCACACCUCGCCGCUUCCCUUCUCCGAUCCGCGCAACCGCCACUUCCUCACCGACCACGCGCCGCCGUCCAACGCCACCACCCCCGACGGCUACCUCAAGCCCUGGCCCGUCCUCCCUUCUCACCUCCCUUGGACUCGCAAACCCAAGGACCGCUCCUGCGAGGCUUACUUCGGCAACGGCUUCACCCGCCGCGUCGAUGUCCUCCCGCCUUCUCCCGAUCGCUCCUCCGCCGGCGGGUGGUUCCGCUGCUUCUUCAGCCGGACGCUGCUGAGCUCGGUCUGCGAGGGCGGCGGGAUUCGAAUGGUCCCCGAUAGGAUUGCUGUGUCGAGGGGCGGGGAGACGCUUCAGGAGGUUGUUGGGCGGGAUGAGGAAGAAGAGAUGCCGACGUUUCAGGACGGCGCGUUUCAGAUUCUGGGUUCCUUGGAGAGUGAGAAGAGGAAGCUUGUGGACGAGGAGUUUCUCGGCGAGUACCUGCCGCAGGGGGAAAUUGAGAGGCACACGAUUCGGCAGCUUGUGAGCUCGAUUGAAGUGGUGGAUGCCACGGAGUUCCAGUGCGAUCAGUGGAUUGAGGAGCCAACAUUGCUGGUUACCCGAUUUGAGUAUGCAAACCUUUUCCACACUGUAACAGAUUGGUACAGUUCGUAUGCGGCUUCUAAAGUGACUGAGUUGCCUUACCGGCCGCAUUUGGUUUUUGUGGAUGGCCAUUGUAGAACACCCUUGGAAGAAACCUGGAGUGCUCUCUUCUCUAGCAUCCGAUAUGCUAAAAACUUCACCGGCUCAGUUUGUUACCGUCACGCUGUACUUGUUCCUCUGGGAUACGAGACCGCCCUCUUCAAGGGUCUAACUGAAGACAUAUUCUGUUAUGGAGCUGAUGGGAAAGAACUUUGGAUGAACCCAGAUGACCACAAGACAGCACGAUUGUCAGAGUUUGGAGAAAUGAUAAGAGCAGCCUUUCACUUCCCGGUCAAUAAGCCCGGUACUGAAAAGCCAGCUUCAGGCCUCAACGUUCUUUUUGUGAGGCGGGAAGACUACUUGGCCCACCCGCGCCAUGAUGGAAAGGUUCAAUCGAGACUGAGCAAUGAACAAGUCGUGUUCGAUGCUGUACAGAAAUGGGCAUCAUCUGAACAUAACAAUAAUUCGGAGUGUAAAUUGAAGGUAGUGAACGGAUUAUUUGCACACAUGCCAAUGAGGGAGCAACUGAGAGCCAUUCAAGAGGCUUCGAUUAUCAUAGGCGCUCAUGGUGCUGGCCUGACUCACAUUCUGUCAGCUACACCAAGAACCGUGAUUCUUGAGAUCGUGAGCGCAGAGUUCAGACGCCCACAUUUUCAGUUGAUUGCUCAGUGGAAAGGGCUGGAGUAUCACGCCAUAUAUCUCGACGAUUUGUAUGCUAAUCCAGUGGUUGUGAUCAGCAGGCUUGGACGCAUAAACCGCACCGAGAGCGAUCCACAGCAAUAUUCCAGAAGAAGAAGAAGAAAGGCACAGAUGGGAUUCGAGAAGGAGAUCAUCCGCCCAGGAAACGGCCCCAAACCUUCUCGCGGCCAGAAAGUCACCGUCCAUUGCACCGGCUUUGGGAAAAAUGGUGAUAUGUCUGAGAAGUUCUGGAGCACAAAGGAUCCAGGGCAGCAGCCUUUCUCUUUCAAUAUUGGCAAGGGAAGCGUCAUAAAAGGGUGGGACGAGGGAGUCAUGGGAAUGCAAGUGGGAGAAGUUGCUCGUCUACGGUGCUCCCCUGACUACGCCUAUGGAGCUGCUGGAUUCGGAGCAUGGGGAAUCCUGCCCAAUUCUCCUCUGAUUUUCGAGAUCGAAGUCCUGAGCGUAGAGUGAUCUUUCUUGGUGAAGGGGCCGAAGAAGACCGAUCCAUGGAGUUGCAGUAAUUUCGUAUUGUCCAAGUCCUCGGGAUUUUACUUAGAAUAAAGGCUGCCUUGUCAUUGAGACAUGUCUAUGUACCGUAAACUACCGACUUUGAAUCAUAUAGCACUUGGAUUCAGCCAGGCAUCAAAUUGUCAACUCAGUGUGUUCUUUGGCCAUCCACUCAUGUUCUACAAUUGAAUAGUAUGUCUUAUGCUUAUUCUCUACGUC